CGGGGGCCGGAAGUGGCGCCCGCACGGCCUUUCGGCAAUCCUCCCGGCGGGCGUCGGGUGUGCGCAGCGACGUCCGUACGGACACUUCGCCUUAACGGCCUCUGUGAGCCCCGCCACCGCCAACCCCACACCUCAGUUGAGAGAAGAUGGUGGGCCGGAACAGCGCCAUUGCCGCCGGGGUCUGCGGGGCUCUUUUCAUCGGGUACUGCAUUUACUUUGACCGUAAGAGGCGGAGUGACCCCAACUUCAAGAACAGGUUGCGAGAACGAAGGAAGAAACAAAAGCUUGCCAAGGAGAGAGCUGGGCUUUCCAAGUUACCAGACCUUAAAGAUGCUGAAGCUGUUCAGAAAUUCUUCCUUGAAGAAAUACAGCUUGGUGAAGAGUUACUAGCCCAAGGUGAAUAUGAGAAGGGUGUUGACCAUCUGACAAAUGCAAUUGCUGUAUGUGGACAGCCACAGCAGUUACUGCAGGUGUUACAGCAAACUCUUCCACCACCAGUGUUCCAGAUGCUUCUGACUAAGCUUCCAACAAUUAGUCAGAGAGAUUCAAAAUAUUCUGGAUUCCUAAGGUUUUCCUUCAGAGGAAUAAUAGUAGCUGUUGGAUCCUGCUUCUUGGUGGGAGAGAGCUUCUAUCCUUGGGGGAACCAGAUCGCCUCCAUGUGCCACCGAGCCAGGCCCCACGCUCCAUGAGGGUAGAAGCUCCUUUAUUUGGGACCUUGCCCUAUGUCUAUCUUCAUCUGGCUGUUGCUUGUAACCUUUACGGAAUCCUUUAUUAAACUGGUAAACUUGUGUUUUCCUGAGUCCUAUGAGCCGCCCUAGCGAAUUAAUCAAACCUAAGGGGGAGGUCAUGGGAACCCCCAGUCUGUAGCCAGUAGGUCAGAAGCCCAGGAAACUAACUGCCUGAGACUUGAGACAGGCGUCUGGAGUGGGCGUGGAGGGCAGUCUUGUAGAAUGGGAGCCCUUAACCUGGAAAUCUGGUGCUAUCUCCAGACAGCAUCAGAAUUGGGUUGAGUUCUCAGACACCCUGCUGGUGUUUGAGAAUUGCUUGGUGUUAAGUAUGUCUGGGAAGAACCCCCUCCCACAUACUUAACACACAUUGGAAUCUAGUCCGGGAACCCAAACAGAGUUAUACUACAAUUACUGAUCUGUAUAAUGUUGUUAUACAUAUAUGUUGAGAAAAAAUACACGGUUCCAUUUGGUGUCAGAUAAGUGAGAAUCACACUUCCCGGUUCUGUACAAUCACUGCAAAAACAGAGGGGCAGCAAUAGUGUGGCAUGAACACCAUUUUCAGAAUCAGAGGCCUGGGGCUGGAGCCCCACACUGACCACUUACGAGGGAGCUUAGCUUUGAGGCUUAGUUUCCUCAUUUCUGAAGAGGAGGCUGGCAUCUUCUCAGAAGGAGAAUUAAACUCCAGCCACACUUCUGUUCACUAGAUCUGUUCCCACAGCCAUUGCCUUCCUCCCCAUUUCCAUGAACUGCCCUCUACCAGCCACCCCUCCUCCUGUCCCCUUCCCACCAGUCCUGGACCUUGCUCCAGCCACUCUCAUCAUCAGCUUCCCCUCUACUGGAUAUAUCCAUCAGCAUGCAGACUGCUACCCUGCAGCAUCCCUUCUCUUCUUACUUUUAUAUUGUAGCAGAGCACUUGUAAAGAGUCAUCUGUGCUUGCUGGGUCCACUUCCAUUCUUUCAGGCUUUGGUCUUGGCUCAUCCACAGGCUGCUUUUGCCACUGCAACUAAUGACCAUCCCAGUGCUGAAUUCUGGACUCUGUGUUCAAUCUUUAUCUUCUGAGGCUGAUGAGCAGUAUUUGACAUGAUUGUUCCCUUCUGGAAACCGAUUGUCGUGGCUUCAGGACACUCCACUCUAGAGUCUUCUGUCAAGCUGGCUGCUCUUCCUGUUUCCAGAGCCCUGUCUGUGCAAGUCUUUUCUAGCUAUGCUCACUCCUUAGUGAUCCUAUCCAGUCCCUAAGCUUAAAAUACUGCCUGUCUAUUCUGAUGAUGCCAGAAAAGCAUACCUAGCUGGUACUUCACCCCUGAACUCCAGACUUGUGUAGGCAGCUUUCUACUUGACAUCUCUACAUGCAUGUCUCAAAGACCUCCCAAACCUGACCUGUCCAAAUUAAAUUUUGAAUCUCCCCCUUCAGACCUAACUCUCUGGGCUUGUCUCCAUCCUAGCUGAUGGUUAGUUCAGCCUUUCAGAUUUUCAGGCCAAAGUACCGGUGUCACCCUUGACUCCUCUUUCCCUGUCACGCCUCCCAUCCAGCUGUCAAGGACCUUGCUGGGUCUCCCUAUGUUAUAUAUUUAGAACCCUGUCAUUUCUCCCCAUCACUCUCUUCUUACUUAGUUUUUCUUUAGAGCCCAUAUGACAGACUUCAUAUUUUGUUCUUAUUUAUUGAAUGCCCAUCUCCACAAAAAAUAUAAGCUCUGUGGGAGCUGGAUCACCCCAUCCCCUGUUUUGUUCAUUGCUGUAUCCCUGGGGCUUUGAACCGUGUCAUAACUGGUGCUCAAUAAAUUUGGCAAAUGAAUGAAAGAUGCAAUUGGUGAAUGUCUGGUAUUUAAUAAAUGGAUAAAUGGUAGCUACUGUUUUACAUGGUCCUUCUUAGGUAUCUAAUUUGAAUAGGAAACUCAAAGAAAAAUCACAGUCACACCCAGAAAGUGGGGUGUUGUACCAGACUGGUUCAUUUCAACUAGUCAGUAUCUUAAAAAGGGAUUAAGAGCGGGAAGGGACCAUCUUGGGUGAUAAGAAAAGUGAGAUAGAACACGUAUUUGAGCCAAACAGCUUUAAAAGGCAUUUUUGUAAUAUAUGAAUUGCAUUAGCUGUUUUAAUACACAAUUGUGCUUAUGUAUUACAAUAACCAUUUUAUUUAUAUAUGAAUAUAUAUGUAUAUAUAAAAUUUAACUCUUAGGGGUGAAAUAUCACAAUGUCUAUUAUUGACUUUAACACACUUCAGCAAGAAAGAAAUACAUGAAGCCAAGUAGGCAAAGCAGUUGUGAAGUUGAAACAAGACAUACACCUAUGCUUUGGUUUGCUUUAAAAG